UUUCCUUCAUAUCAAACCAACACACACAAACAAAGGAAAAAAAAAAAAAAAAAGAAACCAAAGUUAUUUGCUUUGUGGUAAGAUCAAGAAUCAAGAAUGGUUUUGUCUUGGACUAGAAGAAACGUUUUCCGCCGUGGAAGGAAGGAGAAGGCACAGCUUCAAGGUGGUGAAUUGGAGGUGGAGGUUGUGAUUCCGAACCACUUCCGGUGCCCGGUGAGUUUGGAGUUGAUGACAGACCCGGUGACUUUAUCAACCGGCAUCACCUACGACAGGUUGAGCAUUGAGAAGUGGAUUGAAGGAGGGAACAGAACAUGUCCCGUCACCAACCAGGUUCUCACAACCUUUGACAUCAUCCCCAACCACGUCAUUCGUAGGAUGAUCCAAGAUUGGUGCGUUCAAAACACUUCUUUUGGGAUUCAGAGGAUACCCACUCCUCGGAUUCCUGUCUCUAGUGACGAGGUUUCCCAGACAUGUUCCAAGAUCAUGUCUGCUUCCCAACACAGGGAUCACAAGAAGUGUCAGGAGUUGGUUGGGAAGAUUAAGGUUUGGGGGAGAGAGAGUGAGAGGAACAAGAGGUGCAUAGUAGGGAAUGGUGUUUGUAAUGUUCUUGCCUAUGCCUUUGAUUGUUUCUCAAGUGAUGAUUCUAUGGACAAGCAUGUGGUUGUUUUGGAGGAGAUUUUGGAGGUGUUGACGUGGAUGAUCCCACUUGGUGAUUCUCAAGUGAUGAGUUCACAAGCUUCUUUGAAUUCAUUGGUUUGGUUUCUAGAGGGGAAAGACCUUGCAUCAAGGCAAAAUGCUGCUUUGUUGCUCAAGGAAGUGUAUGUCCAAGAAUUGGCCAAGGUUUCAGGAGUUGCUGAGGCUUUGGUUAAGAUGGUUAGGGAGCCUAUUGGGAGUACUGCCACCAAGGCUUGUUUGGUAACAAUUUUCAACUUGGUUUCAUCAGAGGACAAUAGAGAGGGAAUUGCUGAGAGAUUUGUGGAGUUGGGUUUGGUUUCACUUUUGCUUGAGGCUAUUGUUGAUGGAGAGAAAGGUGUGUGUGAAAAGGCACUCGGGGUGUUGGAUUGCAUUUGUGAUUGCCAGCAAGGGAAGGAGGUCGUUAAAAGCAAUGCUCUCACCUUGCCUCUUGUUAUUAAGAAGAUUUUGAGGGUGUCACUGUUGGCUUCAGGUUUUGCUGUGUCUAUUCUUAGGAAGAUUUGUGACAAGAGGGAGGAAGGGGUUCUGAUUGAGGCACUUCAGGUUGGGGCUUUUCAGAAGCUCUUGGUUAUGCUUCAGGUUGGGUGUGACGAGAGCACAAAGGAGAAUGCCACCGAGUUGUUGAAACUGCUCAAUGGUUACAGGAACAAAGCAGAGUGCACUGACUCAUCAUCAUUGGAUUUCAAGCAUCUUAAGAAGCCCUUCUGAUUAGUCGUAGAUAGGACUGAGAUUUGUUUAUUUUUUUACAGGUCAUUUUACUGAAACAGAAUUCUUUGAUGUACAAAGAUACACACGUGAACAAGGCAUAGAAAUUGUAUACUCAAACAUUCAAUUGAUUCUUUGAAUUUAUUCUUUAGAAAAGUGAUUCAGAAGUAAUUAGUUAUAUAUAAUAAUCAUGGUUGUGGCAAA